AUGGCAGGUGCGAAUUCAACAACAGAAGGAAACCAGAAGAGGAUCACAGAAAUGUACUGCUCUGCAGAAUUUAUUGGAGAAGCCGACAGCGAGCUAAUCUUUCUCUCAGUAUUUAAUAGUUUAUUGUCUUUUACCGCAUUUUUGGGCAACGCGCUUAUCCUAGUCGCUCUUCACAAGGAAUCUUCGCUUCAUCCUCCAUCCAAACUCCUGUAUCGUAACUUGGCGAUAGCUGAUCUCUGUGUUGGUAUCAUUGCGCAGCCUGUAGAUGUUGCCAAUUGGAUGUCUGCGGUGAACGAAGGGUGGACUAUCUGUUAUUAUACAGAAUUAACAGCUUUCAUUACAUCUCAUAUUUUGUGCUCUGUGUCCCUGUUGACAUCGACGGCAAUAAGCGUGGACAGACUUCUCGCGCUUUUGCUGAUGUUGAAAUACAGGCAAGUUGUAACUUUGCGAAGAACAUAUUUAACUACCAUCGUUGUUUGGGUUUUUUGUAUCGCCGCAACAUCAAGUUACUUUUUGAAUCCAGUGGUGGUGCCUUGGUUUAUCUACACUGGUAUAUCUCUGUCUCUAGUUACCUCAAUUUUGUCUUACACGAAAAUUUUCUGCACUUUACAUCGUAACCAAAACCAAGUAAGGGACCUGGGAAACAUAAGCCAAGAAAUUCCACUGAACAUAUCUCGAUUCAGAAACGCAGUGUCCACGGCAUUGUGGGUGCAGGUGACACUGGUUGUUUGUUAUUUGCCCUAUGGUAUAACGGUAGCUUUAACGCCUCCAAGAGAGUUACCUUCAUCGAUUUACCUUGCCAGGCAAUUUGCGGCUACCCUAGUAUUCUUUAAGUCAACAUUAAACCCACUGCUUUACUGCUGGAAGAUCAGAGAAGUAAGGCAAACCGUCAAAGACAUCAUCAGAAAACAUUGCCAGAGUUGUUAG